UUGUCCCCUAGUCUUUAAUUUCAUCUAUACCUCAAAAUUUCAUGGGUUCUGAAGAAAACCAGCUUCACUUUGUUUUGUUUCCUUUCAUGGCCCAGGGCCAUAUGAUUCCCAUGAUCGACAUAGCAAGGCUGCUGGCACAGCGUGGAGUAAUUAUCACCAUAAUCACUACACCAGUUAAUGCAGCUCGGAACAGAAAAACUUUUUCUCGGAUUACAGAAUCCGGACUUCAGCUCCGAAUAAUCGAACUUCCGUUUCCGUGUGCCGAAGGAGGAUUACCAGAAGGUUGUGAAAAUCUUGACAUGAUUGAUUCACUGGGCUCCGCCUUAAACUUUUUCAACACAGCACAGAUACUACAAGAGCCGGCAGAAAAAUUGUUCCAGGAGUUAAAACCACAGCCAGACUGCAUAAUCUCUGAUAUGUGUUUGCCCUUUUCCGCACACAUUGCUGCCAAUUUUAACAUUCCAAGGAUUAUUUUCCAUGGAUUUUGUUGUUUCUGCCUUUUGUGCUUGCACAGUUUCUUUCUCUACAGUGGCCUCGAAAGUAUGACCCUGGAGUCAGAGUACUUUGUUGCCCCACGUUUGCCCGAUAAAGUUGAAUUCACCAUUCCUCAGCUGUUCGAUUCGUUGAAUCUAAAUUCCUUUACGGAGAAAGUUGCUGCCGCUGAACCAGUCACAUAUGGAGUCAUCAUAAAUACUUUUGAGGAAUUGGAGCCUGCUUAUGUUAAGGAAUUUAGAAAGGAAAAAGAUGGCAAAGUAUGGUGUGUUGGUCCGGUUUCACUGUACAAUAAAGACUACUUGGACAAAGUUCAAAGAGGUAACAAAGCUGCAAUUGAUGAUAACCAAUGUUUAAAGUGGCUUGAUUCAAAAGAUCCUGGCUCUGUAAUCUACGUUUGCCUUGGAAGCCUUCGUAAUGUAAUUCCUGAACAGUUGAUAGAACUUGGGUUAGGCUUAGAAGCAUCAAACAGGCCAUUCAUUUGGGUGGUAAGGGGGGGAGGAGAAGCAUCCAUCGAGUUAGAAAAAUGGAUUUUAGAGGAUGGUUUUCGGGAAAGGAUCAAAGAGAGAGGGCUUGUGAUCAGGGGCUGGGCUCCGCAAUUACUAAUAUUGUCACACUCCGCAAUCGGUGGAUUCUUAACACAUUGCGGAUGGAAUUCGACGCUAGAAGGCGUGUGUGCUGGCCUGCCAUUGGUUACCUGGCCACUGUUUGGGGAUCAAUUUUGUAAUGAGAAACUUGUUGUUCAAAUACUAAAGAUUGGUGUAAGUGUUGGGGUGAAACAUCCUGUGAAGUGGGGAGAAGAAGAACAAAUUGGAGUGUUGGUAAGGAAAGAAGAUAUCAAGAAUGCUGUGGAAAGGUUGAUGGAUGAAGGAGACGAAGGAGAAGAGAGAAGAGAAAGAGCUAAAGAACUGGGAAAGAUGGCAAAAUUAGCUGUCCAAGAAGGGGGAUCCUCUCAACUCAACACUACACUUCUACUUGAUGAUAUCAAAAAACAAGUUCGUUCCAGGAAUCAGCCUGCUGAUAUAUGAGAGAAUUACGCUAGUUAUUCGAAGCUUUCUGUUUGCACUUCCUUUCUUCAUUUCACAUAAAAUAGUUUUCAGUUGUUGUAUGCUUCAUUAAUUUGAAAAUGUAGUUGGCUUGCUAUGUUGAUGAAGACUGUAGUGCUAGCAGAAUUGUUGGAAAUUG